CUGUGUCAGUUGAAGCAAGUGUGGAUAAGUGUGCUGCUCCAGCUCAGAGUAAAGAUGCAGACACCUGCCGAGUCCAUCAUCCACAGUGGUUAUUUCCACCCGACGCUCCGGUACUGGCAGACCUGCAUGACCAAUUUAACACCUGACAACCUCAUCUACCCGAUCUUCAUCACAGACAGUGCAGAUGCAGUGGAGCCCAUUGGUAGCCUGCCAGGACAAGCAAGAUAUGGAGUGAACAAGCUGGAGGGAAUGUUGCGGCCGCUUGUGGACAACGGCUUGAAAUGUGUGCUGAUUUUUGGCGUCCCUGCAAAAAUAGACAAGGAUGACAGGGGUUCGGGCGCAGACACAGACGACACACCAGCCGUUCUGGCGGUGAAGAAGAUCAGAUCUUUGUUCCCGGAGCUGCUGGUUGCGUGCGACGUCUGCUUGUGUCCCUACACGUCACACGGCCACUGUGGUAUCCUGAACGAGGACGGCACUCUGAACAAUGACGCCAGCUGCCUGCGUCUGGCAGAGGUGGCGCUGGCCUACGCCCGGGCUGGCUGUCAAAUCAUCGCUCCCUCUGAUAUGAUGGAUGGAAGAAUCAGAGCCAUAAAACAAGCACUGAUAUCAAAUGGUUUGGGAAACAAGGUUUCAGUGCUUAGCUACAGUGCAAAGUUCGCCUCUUGUUACUACGGUCCUUUCAGAGAUGCUGCUCAGUCCAAACCCGCAUUCGGGGACAGACGCUGCUAUCAGCUGCCACCUGGAGCGAGAGGACUCGCCAUCCGAGCUGUGGAGCGAGAUGUGAGAGAAGGAGCUGAUAUGCUGAUGGUGAAACCCGGUCUGCCUUAUCUGGAUAUUGUGAGAGAAGUCAAGGACAAGUUCCCCACUCACCCUCUGGCAGUGUACAACGUGUCGGGGGAGUUUGCCAUGAUCUGGCACGGAGCUCAGGCCGGAGCUUUCGACCUCAAAGCUGCAGUGAUGGAGGCCAUGACCGCCUUCCGCAGGGCAGGCGCUGACGUCAUCAUCACCUACUAUGCACCUCAGCUGCUCGGCUGGCUGAAGGAGUGAAGAAGAAAGCGGUCAGAGGAUGGACGGUCAGACAAGCGGACCAACAGACAAGAUGUCUUUAAAAUUAUGAAAACUGCUGUUGACUCAUGUCAUACUAACAAAGGGCACUAAGAGAGAUACAAUAUAUCAAACCAAGCCUAUAUUUCCUAUUUUUAAGGCAUUUUAAGGGUUACUGAAGAGGUGACCACUGAGGAUGUAAAAGAGUAUGAUCUUGGUGUUUUCUUGUAGGAGUCGUUGGUAUUAGCAUUAAAUAAAGUCAGUCAUAUCCUCACUAAUGUGAUUAUGGAAUGUAUAUUUGUAUGAAUUAUAGCUACACACGUCUGAUAUAUCUGAAGCACUGUCCUCAUGCCCAACAAGCUUUUAUUAACCAGAAAAAAUAAAAUCCUGCAUUCAGAGC